GCAUGCACGAAACGGAGACGCUGGCGGGCGCAUGCGCAGCAGAAGCGGUCAUGCCAAUGAAAGGUCGAUUCCCGGUGCGCCGGACACUCGAGUAUCUACGGAGUGGGGCGGUGGUGCUUAAAGACUCAGUAAAGGUGGUGACGGUUAAUUAUAACACCCACGGGCAGCAGAGCGAAGGAGCAAGAAAGUUUGUAUUCUUCAACAUACCUCAGAUCCAGUAUCAGAAUCCUUGGGUUCAGAUUGUUAUGUUCAAAAACCAGACUCCAUCACCAUUUCUAAGAUUCUAUUUGGGUGACGGUGAGCAAGUCUUGGUUGAUGUCGAAGGAAAGAAUCACAGAGAAAUCACUGAGCAUGUCAAGACAAUCUUAGGAAAGAGCCAAGACCUGCAGCAUGCAGAAAAACUAGCAAAGAAUGAGUAUUCACAUCCUGCACACUUUGGAUGUAAGAAGUACUGUCUGCGGGAAUGCAUCUGUGAAGUAGAAGGACAAGUUCCCUGCCCAGGUCUGGUACCUUUACCCAAGGAGCUGACAGGGAAAUUUCGUGCUACCCAGCAAACAGGGAAAGUUGUAUAAAUAAAGCUUUUAGCAAGAAUUAAUUAGUUUCAUUUCCUGAAGCCAGUGACUUGUCACUAAAUCGCCCAUCUAUCCUCAUUGUGUAAACCGAAGUUUAACAAUUCAACGGAAGAUCAAUAAAGAAUAUAAUUUGUUG